GCGCGGGGUCCUUCUUCCUCCCGUCCGCUCCUCAAUCAUGGCGGCCACUGUGGCUUCCCCGGGUAGGGCUCUGUGGUGGGUAGGCGCUACUUGGCUGCGUCGAGGAGGCAUGCGGGAGCUACUCCGGCCGCAAAUUGAAGGGAGCACCCCGGGCCGUGACUUCAGUCUCUCUCAUUGUCAGAGCACGGUCAUCGUGGAGCGCUGGUGGAAGGUGCCGCUCGCCGGGGAGGGCCGUAAGCCGCGCCUGCACCGGCGUCACCGCGUGUAUAAGUUCGUGGAGGACAAGAAACACCGGCCCAAAGAGAACCUGGAGCUCAUCCUCACGCAGUCUGUGGACGAAAUUGGCGUCCGGGGUGAUCUGGUCUCAGUGAAGAAAUCUGUGGGUCGUAACAAGCUCCUUUCUCAGGGACUGGCUGUGUAUGCAUCUCCUGAAAAUAGGCAGCUGUUUGAGGAGGAGAAAAGGCUGAGACGAGAAGGAAAAUUGGAGAAGAUCCAGACAAUGGCAGGAGAGGCGACAGUGAAGUUUCUGAGAAACUGUCAUCUAGAGGUGGGAAUGAAGAACAAUGUCAAAUGGGAGCUAAACCCUGAAAUAGUUGCCCGCCAUUUCUUCAAGAAUCUUGGUGUAGUAGUUGCCCCACAUGCUCUGAGGCUGCCAGAAGAGCCUAUCACUCGAUGGGGCGAGUACUGGUGUGAUGUGACUGUAAAUGGACUCGACACUGUGAGAGUUCCUAUGUCUGUAGUGCUCUUUCAGAAGCCCAAGACCAAAAGGUACAAGCGCUGGUUAGCCCAGCAAGCUGCCAAGAGUGUGGCCCCCACCAGCCCCCAGGCAGUCUGAAUUUCCUCCACCUCCAAGUCCACAAAGCAGUCAGAAGAGCUGUGGAUCAGCGAGCACUUGGAGCUAUCCCAGCUCUGAGCAGAUGUGGAUCGUAGAGAACAUGUGGACUCAGCAGACUGAGCUGCACAUAUGUGGCGGGUUCACUGUGUUUGUCAUCUCCACCUUCAGUGGUCGUUGUGGCCUGCUAUGCUGCCAUACUCCGAUUUCCAGACUAAUGAUAAGCUAGAGGUCAUUCAAGAAUACAUGUCGCCGGGCGGUGGUGGCACACGCU